AUUACCCGUCAGUCCUGGGGCUCAGUGGCAAUACAGACGCGACCACAGAGCACUCACGCUGCACCAAGACCCGACGCCACCGUCGCCGCCUCCCCUGAAUUGACCCCUCCGCAUAGCUCCACGGAAACAUCCAGACUGUCGACACUCAGGUCCGCGAAGCCCUUCUCCGAGUUCCUGACCGAUACCUUCAAUCGCCAACACGACUACCUCCGCAUUAGCGUCACGGAACGAUGCAACCUCCGAUGCUUGUACUGCAUGCCCGAGGAAGGCGUAGAUCUUUCACCCUCUGCGAAACUACUUACUUCGCCUGAGAUCCUGUAUCUGUCGUCGCUAUUUGUUUCACAAGGUGUGACCAAGAUCCGAUUGACGGGCGGAGAACCGACUGUCCGCAAAGACAUCGUGCCGUUGAUGCAGGACAUCGGCAAGUUGCGGUCUAAUGGGCUUCGGGAGCUGUGCUUGACAACCAAUGGAAUUUCACUGCAUCGCAAAUUGGACCCGAUGGUGGAGGCUGGACUGACGGGAGUCAAUCUAAGUCUCGACACGCUGGAUCCGUUUCAGUUCCAGAUCAUGACGAGACGCAAGGGCUUCGACGCUGUAAUGAAGAGCAUCGACCGCAUUCUGGAAAUGAACAAGGCCGGUGCGGGGAUCAAGUUGAAAAUCAAUUGCGUCGUUAUGAGGGGAAUGAAUGACCGAGAGAUUCUUCCGUUCGUGGAACUGGGCCGUGAGAAGCCCAUUGAAGUGCGCUUCAUUGAGUACAUGCCCUUCGGUGGGAACAAAUGGAAUCAACAGAAGAUGUUUUCCUACCAGGAGAUGCUGGCUGUUAUUCGCGAGAAGUAUCCCACGUUCGAAAAAGUGGCGGAUCACAAGAACGACACCAGCAAGACAUACCGUGUUCCUGGGUUUGAAGGCAGUGUGGGCUUCAUCACGAGCAUGACGCAUAACUUCUGUGGUACUUGCAAUCGCCUGCGCAUCACUAGCGAUGGGAACCUCAAGGUUUGCCUGUUUGGUAACUCCGAGGUAUCCUUACGCGAUGUCAUUCGAAAGGAAAACGGCGGAAAUCCAAUUGAUGAGGAUGCAAUGAACAGUUUGCAGCUAUUGGAAACAGUACAAAAAGCCGCCCGUCUUAGUGACGAGGGCGGUUUAAUGAACGAGCGAGAACGUGAGAUUCUCGAUAUCAUCGGCAUGGCGGUGAAACGCAAGAAGGCGAAACACGCUGGCAUGGAACAGUUGAAGGAUAUGAAGAACCGUCCCAUGAUCCUGAUCGAUAAAAUACCGAAACUAUUGAGUCCAAGGACUGCUUGGCCAAAUAUCCCUGUACACAUGCUUUCGCACCCCCCUGCAUCUUCCCAGAUUCGUCUGUACCAUAAUGGACGUUCUCGCCCAUCGCCCUCUCUCCCAACCACCUCAGAUGCCGACCUCCCUCACCUCACUCCCUCUAAGACGGUGCACAUGACUCAGAUCACCGAGAAACCCGAGACAAAACGAGUCGCCACAGCCGCCUGCACCGUUUCUUUCUCGAACGCGCGACCCUGGGAUAUCCUACAGAAGGGACAACACACGCACAAAGGCGAUGUGUUCAGCGUCGCCCGGAUCGCAGGCAUCAUGGCAGCAAAACGGACCCCUGACAUUGUACCUCUUUGUCAUCCUGGCAUUGGCAUCACUGGGGUCGAGGUCAGUGUGGAUUUGGUUGAGCCUGGGCACAGGGAUCACGGUGCCAUGAAUGUUGUGGCGUCGGUCAGCUGCUUUGGUCGCACGGGAGUGGAAAUGGAGGCUAUGACGGCUACGAUGGGUGCAGCUUUGACUAUUUAUGAUAUGCUCAAGGCUGUGGAUAAAGGCAUGGUCAUAGGCAGUGUUCGAUUGUUGGAGAAACAAGGGGGGAAGAGUGGACAUUGGCUACGGGAGGAAAAGCUUGGUGAUGGAAUAGACUGA